UUCUCACUCCACCAUAGAUGUUCAAAUCUUUGAUAGAGGGACAUCCACUACAACCGGAACGGUUCUAUGUAAUAAGAACGGCUAGCGGCUGCCCUGGCUGUUCGAGCAAGACAGGCAGUACCUGUCGACCUAAGUGCCUAUUGGCAGCCCGGCUACCUAGGCUCUCUGUUCCUUGUCCCACGUGCCGUUCGCAGACGCAAGAACGUUGCAUGGACUCGCUGGCGCCAUUCUUCCCCUUGGUCUACGACUAGAAGGGCUGUAUCGGUGUCUGCCUACUUCCCUCCUGAAGCUGUUUGGCCAGGCCAGGUCAAACCAGCCAUGACGGCCUUAGGCCUCGCCGUGGCAAGACGCGCAGUUCGCGCAAACUUGUGUGCAGCAAAUACUGCCCUUUCCUUCUGGACCCGGCCUCUCACUGCUACUCCUUUGUUCGGCUCUUUCGGACGCAGGCCCCUUUUCUCCCAGUCUACGGCGCCAACCACGGCUGAGUUUUCUGAAAGCUGGGAGGAGUAUAAGAAGUUCUUCAGUUUUCAGCCGGCCUCCCCCGCCAGCGACUUCAAUGUUGAUCAAAUAGUCACCGUCCACGGGUUCCUGGGUAAACGGCGAGAUCGUUCACAAAAGCUCAGUUUUGUGGAUAUCGCAGUCGAUAACGGGCCCAGGCUGCAGCUAUCCUCGGGGUAUCUUGAGAGAGACACCCCGGCUCACCAAGCUCACAAGGACCUCCGCUCAGCGCCUGCCUGGAGCCCUGUCUCAGUUACUGCCCGAGUGACUGGCCUGCACCAACAUCAAGACAAGCCGACGCGAUCCUGGGAUUCAAAGUACCCAUCUGGUAUCGACGAGAUCAGUCUUGAGCUAGUGUCUAUCCAGGUCCUCAACCCCUGGCCCAAGCAUGUCAUCGUGUCCGAAGGUGUCCAGUUCCCGCAAACAGCCCGUCAUCUCCAGCUACGCUUCUCGGAUGCCCUUCGUGAGAGGAUACGGUUCCGGGAGCACCUCAAGUUUGUCGCAACAGACUGCCUCCGCGACGAAAGCUUAUGCGAGACUGAGACUCCUCUCCUGUUCAAGUCGACCCCUGAGGGUGCUCGCGAAUUCUUGGUCCCAACCAGACGAUCUGGCCUCGCCUACGCCCUCCCACAAAGCCCACAACAAUACAAGCAAGCGCUAAUGGCCGCGGGCUUCGGAGGCUACUUUCAGUUUGCCCGCUGCUUUCGAGACGAGGAUCUUCGUGCCGACAGGCAGCCCGAGUUCACACAGCUCGAUCUUGAAAUGGCAUUCGCAACAGGCGAGGAUGUGAUGGCGACGGUCGAACGCCUCAUAACCCGACUAUACAAUGAUGUGGCCUCAGGUUUUGUUCAAACGGCAGGCUCGCCCGGAAAGGAAUGGUAUCCAGUUCGGCGCGGUCGGCAGGGGAUUCAGAGAGGCACCACUAAAUCGGAGCAAGAGUACCCGGCUCUCGUCAAUGGCCCGUUCCCUCGCAUAUCUUACCAGCAGGCUAUGUCAUUGCACGGCUCGGACAAACCGGAUAUACGGAUCCCUGGACAGAUUCAACGGGUCGAGAAUCUCCUUGCGCGUGAUUUUACCAGCAAGAUCUCGUCACUCGAUAACCCAGUUGUCGACUGCUGGCGUUGUAAUUUCCCGGCUGCUGGCCCCAAGGAGACCCGCAAUUUCGUGAUCAAGUUCCUCGAGAGUCUCCCGGGAGUUCUCAAACGGAACCCCGACGGAGAGCCCGUAGUUCUCAUCUGCGACCCCAGCCAGCCACUCCAAGGCUUCUCUUCUCUCGGAUUCGAGGCGGGAGCUGAUCUCACCGACGGAAUGGAGGAGGGUGAGUUCCUCCUCAUACAGGCGCGGCCCAACCGGCCAUUUGAAGGCAGCGGCACCGCGCUUGGUGCUAUUAGGGCCAUGCUGUACAACGAAGCCGUGGCAGCAGGACUCCUUCCACGCAGCGAGAAGUUCGAGUUUCUGUGGGUUACAGGGUUCCCUAUGUUUACGCCCAAUAACAACGUCGACCCGGGCCAGGGCGGGUCGGCCGGGUUUUCCGCGACGCACCAUCCGUUCACCGCCCCUCUUACGUCGGAGGACUUCGAGCUGCUCGCGACAGACCCCCUUCGGGCCAAGGCGGACCACUACGAUCUCGUGGUCAACGGCACGGAGCUCGGAGGCGGCAGCCGUCGUAUCCACGUAGCGCACGUGCAGGAGUUUGUGUUCCGGAACAUCCUCAAAAUGACGGACCAGGGGGUGCGCCAGUUCACGCACCUACUGGAGGCUCUUACUGCGGGCUGCCCGCCACAUGCUGGGUUCGCCUUGGGUUUCGACCGUCUCGCGGCGGUCCUGAGUGGCACAACCUCGGUUCGAGACGUGAUCGCGUUCCCCAAAACGAUGAAGGGCGAGGAGCCAUUUUCUGGGAGCCCCAGCCCGUUGACAGAAAGCCAACUGGAGACAUACCAUCUCCUCAUCAGGAAGCCAUAGGGCAAGAGCCCCUGAGCUCACCGGCCCACUCUCUCCUCUCCCCGGUGUACUACUAUCUCAGCGUAUAACAUACAUCUUUCAACGUUUGUAAGAUGCAAGGCUUGCGCCAAUGUCUUCACAUGCACAGGGACAGACCGGAGCCAGCUUUACCGCCGGGUUGAAUAGUGUCAAUCUACACAACGAAGGCACCCGAUAAAGUUAAAAAAAACAUGUUCAAUACUAAUAUUCCGUGGGCAACCCAAGCCUUUCACGGAUGAAUCCCUAUAUGGCGAGUCGUCUUUGGGCGCCCGAGAUAUCAAAUGAGCCCCUCCACGACAGCACAAAGCUGCCAGCUUCCGCCUAUCACAUCGGACAGGACUGAUCCAGAAGAAGAAACAAAAAAAAGUCAAGGUACUAAGAAUUGAGGUGCCACCUAUACACGUCUACGGGAGGUCCAUUUCGUCGGGUUUGAUGUCGACAACGACACCACGCGU